AUGGUGAACAAAUACACUUAUUUAACGAUAGGACUGACAACUGUGUUAGUCACUGUUACAGGCUACAUUGGCGUGACAAUCGGUAACGGCGGUUUUCACCAUGGAAAUGGUGAAGAUACAUUCGACUAUAUGUCCCAGCCAAUUGCGAAAACGACUGACGAAACCGAAUCAUCACGCAAACUCGUGGAAUUCACAAAGACUGAGUUCUUAACUCGUGAAGUUUUGAAAGUUAGUGACAAUGUCUAUGUUGCUAUAGGGUGGGCCUUGUCAAACAGCAUUAUGAUUGAAGGCGACGAUGGGAUAAUCAUUAUUGACACGACUGAAGCACCACAGAGCAUGAAAGAAAUUAUGGUCGAAUUCCGGAAAAUUACCAGCAAACCUGUCCUAGCCAUCAUGAUUACCCACUUCCACACUGAUCAUCUUAUUGGAACAAGUUUCAUUAUUAAUGAAGAAAAGAAGGUUUUUCCAAAUACUACCAUUGAAAUUUACACGCACGAACUAACAAAACAACUCAUGUUUGGUUUCUCGGACACAUACGACAUCGCACUGAAACGUGGACUGCGCCAACUUGGAGCAAUUUUACCAAAAAAUCCGGAUGCUCGUACCGGGGCUGGACUUGGUCCUGAAUUGAGAGUAGAUACGGAAACUGCUUUUUAUAUACCAGUCCCCACGGUUACGUUUAGCGAUCGUGCAUCAUACACCAUAGCAGGCAUCAAAUUCGAACUGAUAUACACGCCAGGGGAAACUGAUGACCAAAUUACCAUAUUCCUACCAGACACCAAAGUAGUGUUUCCAGGCGACAAUAUAUACAAAACUUUCCCAAAUUUGUAUGCCAUUCGCGGGAGUCCGGCUCGAAAUAGCAAAAGAUGGUAUCAAAGCCUAGAUGAUAUGAGAGCUUUGGGAGGUGAAUUUUUGGUUGGAUCUCACACAAGACCCGUUGAAGGAAAGGAUGCGGUGUAUGAUACUUUGUUGGUGUAUAGGGACGGUAUUAAAUACAUUCAUGAUCAGACGGUCAGGCUGUUGAACAAAGGUUAUUUUCCUGGUGAGAUCGUUGAACAAGUGAAGCUUCCCGAAAAUCUAGCUAAACACCCAAAUUUGCAAGAGCACUAUGGAUCAGUGCCAUGGUCAGUAAAAGGUGUAUUUGCCAAUUACAUCGGCUGGUUCAGCGGAGAUCCGAAAGAUUUACAUCCUAUGACCCAAAAAGAUCGUGCUUCGAGAAUGGCUCGUUUGGUGGCAUACGGCCAGACCAGAAAGACCACGGCAGUGGAAGUCAUGCUCCAGGAGGCUCAAAUUUCUCAUAUGAAUUCGCAUAAUCACUAUCUUCUUACUGGAAAACAUAUAUUGAGUGACGACAAAUGGGCUCUUGAACUUGCAGACGUAGUUUUGGAAAUCGGUAGCUUGGAUGCUAAUUUGACCCAAGUAGCACGUCAGAUUAAAGUUAGUGCGUUAAGGGCAAUAGGUGUGGAACAAAUCAGUGCCAACGGACGCAACUAUUAUCUGACUUAUGCUAUGGAAGUUGAAUACAACAUCACAAUUCAACGAACAAAAGCAGCACGGGCGUUUGUUAUCAACGAUUCUCCGGUGUAUAGAGUGCUCGACAUGCUAUGUGCUAAAGUCAGAGGCUUACAUUGUCAGCAUAACAAUUACACAGUCGGGUUGUCCUUCACGGAUUUGAAUAAGGGUUAUGCUGUGUCCCUUCGAAACAGCGUUUGUGACGUUAUGGAGCCAGUUCCAUCAAACGUCCAGUUCCAGGUACAUUUGUCGACCGCAUCAGACACAUUCAAAUCAAUUGCCGCAGAAGACUUGGAUCUGGACACCGAAGUUACGUUGGGAACCGUCAAAGUGGUAUCGGGCACCGUUGCUACUUAUAAAAAGUUCCUUGAUUGCUUUGAUCCGAUAAACUCUGUGUAGUUACUUGCAUUUGUCUAUUAUCAGCAAAUUCUUUCCUUGGUAAUUUGCUCGAUUUUGGUAAUUCAUCAUUUUAGCAUAUCAUUUCAGAAUGCAAAAUCUCUAAGUGUUCAUUUGACGAUUCUAAUUGGUUAGAAAAUAUUACUUUUCUAUAGAAUGUUGUCUAUACCUGAAGCGUGCAGCAGAAUACUAAAAUUAAUAUUGCAUAAUUCAUGACUACACUUAACUUUCCGAAUAUACUAAGUGAUACAAAAUUUAAUCUGUACUUAUAUACGUUUUGACUUUCAAGUGAAAGAGGUUCAUCUUUCGCGUUUGGAAAAAAUUGUUGUAAAUGAAUUGAAGUGACCUUGAGUGAAUUUAUGAUC